UUCUUGCUUUCCCGGGAAACCCUUUCUUUCCUUCCGAAGCUUUCUCCGGAAAAUUUUCUAGCUCCGACCGUGCAGCACAGCCAUUAGCAUGAAUCUUCAUGCUUGCACAUGGUAUUUUCAAUUCGUUCUUUCUUAGCGUUUCCUUCUUUCUCUACCCUCCAUUUCCGCUCUCUCUCUCUCUCUCUCUCUCUCUCUCUCUCUCAGUUACGCGCCAAAUGUUCAAUCUUUGAGUUCAAGUUUUGCGUUUCUCAGCUGAACUUUGAUUUAUCCGCUGCUUCGUGCAAUUGUACGAGAUAGUCGUAGCCUUUAAUCGGGUACCGUGUUUGCGAGUAUUCGAUAAUGGGGAGAGGUGCCGCCACUUCCCUCCUUCGCAUUUGCCGUUCGCAGGACAGCCGUUCCAAGAACAGAGCUUUGUUGUCGUACAGAUGUUUCGGUUCGGGUGCCGAAUCCGGCCGGUCGGUGUCUCGAGAUCACCAAUUCAACCCAAAUUUUGAUUCUCGAAGUUGCUCGUCAUCCGGGAGUUUGGUGCACUUGCUUCAGAAGAAUCUACUUUGUAGGAGUCCGUAUUUUAGGGUAGUAAGUGCUGUUGAUGCGAGAUUGUAUUCGUCUUUGGUGGACAAAGGGAAGGAUUUGGAGGAUGCACAUAUUUUUGGCUCCAAAGUGAUUGGUGGGGAAAAUGGUGAUGGUGUAGAAAGUUUAAAAUUUGCCGAGUGCCUCAACCUGUUAGCUGUCGCAGAGGAUGGAGAUGAUUUGGAGGGGAAAAACACACACAAGCCCAUUAGUUUUGAUGAGAAUGGUGGUUCGGAUGCGAGUGAUGAAUGGCAUGUGGUAACAGGUGAAGAGGAUGCAAGCAGUGGUAGUGUUAGUUCGACUAUAGACGUUCCCUACAAGAAUGUGGGAUCGCAUGAUCCUGUGGAUUUGUACAGGAAACUUCGUGAUUCUGAAGAGCUCGUGAAGCUGACCCAUGACAACUAUAAGACCCUCCAGGAGAUUUUUCGUUGUUUUAUGGAGUCACCAUGGGCAUCUAAUCAGGCUCUUGCCAUCUACAUAGGCAAGUCUUUUUUCCCAACUGCAUCCCGCAAAUUCCAAAAUUUUUUCACCGAGAAACGCCCAGCCGAUAUUACCAUGUACUUGGUUUCACUUGGCCCAUGUAAUGAUGCUGUUAAGUUCUUGUUCCCUAUAUUUGUCGAGUUUUGCUUAGAAGAAUUUCCUGAUGAGAUUAAGCGGUUUCGGAGCAUGAUUGAGUCAGCGGACUUGACAAAGCCCCACACUUGGUUUCCCUUUGCACGAGCUAUGAAAAGAAAGAUAAUAUAUCAUUGUGGUCCAACCAAUAGUGGCAAGACAUACAAUGCUCUGCAGCGCUUCAUGGAAGCAAAGAACGGUGUUUAUUGUAGUCCGCUUAGGUUAUUGGCUAUGGAAGUGUUUGACAAGGUGAAUGCUUCGGGAGUUUACUGUAGUCUUCACACUGGGCAGGAAAAGAAGAAUGUCCCUUUCUCGAACCAUGUUGCUUGUACUGUGGAGAUGGUGUCGACUGAUAACUUAUAUGAUGUGGCAGUAAUUGAUGAGAUCCAGAUGAUGGCAGACCCAUAUAGAGGCUAUGCAUGGACUAGAGCAUUGCUAGGACUUAAGGCUGAUGAGAUACAUGUUUGUGGGGAUCCAAGUGUUCUGAAUAUGGUGAGAAAAAUAUGUUCUGAAACUGGGGAUGAGUUGCAUGAAUGUCACUAUGACAGAUUCAAGCCACUGGUUGUUGAAGCCAAGACGCUGCUUGGGGAUCUUCGCAAUGUUCGAUCCGGUGAUUGUGUAGUUGCUUUUUCUCGGAGAGAAAUAUUUGAGGUUAAAUUGGCAAUUGAGAAGCACACUAAUCACCGCUGCUGUGUCAUAUAUGGUGCCUUGCCACCUGAGACUCGAAGACAGCAAGCUAACUUGUUUAAUGAUCAAGACAAUGAGUAUGAUGUCUUGGUUGCAAGUGAUGCAGUGGGGAUGGGUCUGAAUCUUAAUAUCAGAAGGGUUGUGUUUUACACUCUCUCGAAGUAUAACGGCGACAAGAUGGUGCCAGUUCCUGCAUCACAGGUGAAGCAGAUUGCCGGAAGAGCUGGUAGAAGAGGAAGCCGAUAUCCUGAUGGGCUUACAACUACCUUUGAACUUAAUGAUUUAGAGUACCUCAUUGAGUGUUUGAAGCAGCCAUUUGAAGAAGUUAAGAAGGCGGGUCUCUUUCCUUUCUUUGAGCAGGUUGAGCUCUUUGCUUUCCAACUUCCCAAUGUUAAGUUCUGCAAGCUUCUUGAGAAAUUUGGUGAAAAUUGCCGUCUUGAUGGCUCAUACUUCUUGUGUCGGCAUGACCAUAUUAAGAAGGUUGCAAACAUGCUGGAGAAGGUCCCGGGGCUAUCUCUUGAAGAUCGCUUCAACUUUUGUUUUGCACCAGUUAAUGUCAGAGACCCAAAAGCGAUGUAUCAUCUUCUGAGGUUUGCCACAGCUUAUAGUCAAAAUUUGCCUGUUAAUAUAGCAAUGGGCAUGCCCAAGGGCUCUGCUCGAAAUGAUACUGAGCUUUUGGAUCUUGAGACCAAACAUCAGGUGCUGUCCAUGUAUCUGUGGUUGUCUCACCACUUUGAGGAGGAAACUUUUCCAUAUGUUAAGAAGGCAGAAGCUAUGGCAACAGGCAUUGCUGAGUUAUUGGGUCAGUCUCUGAGAGUCGCUAACUGGAAACCAGAAUCGAGGCAAGCAGGAAAACAAAAGCCCAAAGAGAAGCCUGAACAAAAGGAAGAUGGCUAUGAGAGACCGCAGUCACUUGCCAAACUAUUUUCUUUGAGAAGACAGAAUAAGAUCCCGAAAGUUCCAUAUGCCGAGAAGAUGUCUACAUAGUCAUGUGCAGGUAAGAGAAUGGUUGUUGCUUGCUGUUCAUUCAGGUGAUUGAGGAGAGAACCUCCGGGAGUCAUGUGUGCCUAAGAUGGCAGGAUGGUCGUCGUAGUUGUGGCUCUGCAUCUUUGUAUUUUAAAAUGGUCUGUCAGAUAAGCUGGUGCAGCUUCUGCAGGAGAUAUCCGAAGAUGAGGAGUUAGAGAUUCACAACCUGAAUAUGAAAUUUUGACUGUAUAGCUCUAGCAGUUUCUGUAAGCAGGCUGGCGAAGGGUGCGUUGCUUCAAUGAGUUCACUGCCAAGCAGUCGUCCCUAGUGUUGGCAGCACUAGUGGAGCAUCCAGCUCUUUGCUGCACUGUUGAGGAACAAAGUUUAUAUGAUGGAAAAUUGACCCAUGUAAUGUACUUUUUAGGGAAAAGAAUGAGAGAGAGCUAAAAUUUUGAUGAAAAAUUUUGACUGUCACAUUAUCUCUUACCAAUUUUCCUGAAAAGUUU